GCGCCGGCUUUCCACUACUGCAGACCAGCCCACCAUCUCCAUGUGUCAGGCCGGUGAGGACUACGCGGUGUCGGCUCAGCGGGAGCCUGCGCCCGUGCCACGGCCGGGCCGGGGGCAGAAAUGUGUGAAGUGCGCGGAAGGCCUGCCGGUGGUGGUGAUACGAGCGGGAGACGCCUUCUGCAGGGAUUGUUUCAAGGCAUUCUAUGUUCACAAGUUCAGAGCCAUGCUUGGGAAGAACCGACUCAUCUUUCCUGGCGAGAAGGUGCUGUUGGCGUGGUCUGGGGGGCCUUCGUCCAGUUCCAUGGUCUGGCAAGUCCUUGAGGGUCUGAGUCAGGAUUCUGCAAAACGACUACGCUUUGUGCCAGGAGUCAUCUAUGUUGAUGAGGGAGCAGCCUGUGGCCAGAGCCUACAGGACAGGGCGAAGACCUUGGCUGAGGUGAAGCAGAUCCUGCAGAACACUGGCUUUCCGUGGCAUGUAGUUGCCUUAGAGGAGGUGUUCAGCUUGCCGCCAUCCGUGCUGUGCUGUGCUUCCCAAGACCCCGCAGGGACGGAGGAGGCCUACAAAACGGCGGUGGACAGCUUCCUGCAGCAGCGGCAUGCGCUAGGGUCUGAGGGCUGUGCCAGCCCAGCUCAGGGGGAGGAUCGGUCACACCCAUCCCAUAGCCAGGAACCCCUAGGCAUGGCUGGGUUCCCCACAGCUGCUCAGACUGAGGCCUUGUCUAGGUUGUUCAGUUCCAUAAAGACACUGACAGCCAAAGAGGAGCUUCUGCAGACCCUGAGGACCCAUCUGAUUGUGCAUGUAGCCCGAACCCAUGGCUACUGCAAGGUGAUGACUGGGGAAAGCUGUACCCGUUUGGCCAUCAAGCUUAUGACCAACCUGGCCUUGGGGAGAGGAGCCUUCCUUGCCUGGGACACGGGCUUCUCAGAUGAGCGGCAUGGGGAUGUGGUGUUGGUGAGGCCUAUGCGGGACCACACCCUGAAGGAAGUGGCCUUCUAUAACCACCUGUUUGGCGUUCCCUCCGUCUUCACACCAGCCAUCGAUACCAAGGCUCCAGAAAAGGCUAGCAUCCACCGGCUGAUGGAGGCCUUUAUCCUGAGGUUGCAGACUCUGUUCCCCUCCACAGUCAGUACUGUGUACAGGACAAGUGAGAAGCUAGUCAAGGCUCCCCGGGAGGGCUGUGCCUCUGGCCCCGCCAGCCCCAGCUGCCUCCUCUGCAUGUGUGCACUGGACAUUGACACCGCUGACAGUGCCACGGCUUUUGGGGCUCAGUCCUCCUCACAUCUCUCCCAGAUGCUGCCUGCUGAGGCUGGGAUACCUACCACCCCCUGCUGUAGUGCAGGGGAGGGUCAGGCUCAGAGCUGCCACAGGGGAGUUGGCAGGAGGGGGGAUGCACAGGCCUGUGUCAUAGAACAGCUGUGUUAUGGCUGCCGGGUGAACAUGAAGGACCUGCCCUCCCUGGACCCAUUGCCACCCUAUGUCCUGGCCGAGGCUCAGUUCCGCUGUCAGAGGGCCUGGGUCUCUAAGGAAAUCCAGGAGUAUCUGAUUACAGACGAUGAGGAGGAGGAAGAAAGCAGAGCCAUCAAGCAGGAAGGCGAGAACACUGGGAUUGGUCUAUAA